AUGCCCUGCCCUCGGCCACCCUGGCUCCGCCGCUCCCGAGCCCCUCAAGGCUCAGGCCCUUGCUCCCCGGUCUCACUGUCUGCGCCCCGCUCCCUGGGCAGGGGGGAGGGUGAAGACGACGGCGGCGAGGAGGAGGAGGAAGGGGACGGGAGCCGGGGCUCAAGCCCCAUCCUGUCCCCCGCGUCUCCCGUGGAGUGCCUCAUUUGUGUGUCCCCCUUCGACGGCGUAUUCAAGCUGCCCAAGCGCCUGGACUGCGGCCACGUCUUCUGUCUCGAGUGCCUGGCUCGCCUGUCCCUCGCCACGGCGGGCGGCGGCGACGCGGUGGCCUGCCCCGUGUGCCGUGCGCCCACGAGCCCCGCCUGGACGCCGCGCCCCACGGGCCCCGCCCUGGGCGCCGCCCUGCCGGGGGCUGCAGAGGACGCGCCGGAGAGAGGAGGAGUGGGCUCCGAGGCCACAGUGGAGGCCGAGGGGACGCUGGACACGGACCCGAACCGCAUGUGGCGGGCAGGGGCUGGUCCCGGUCGGGCCCGACGGGGACGGGGCGCGAGGAGGGUGUGGGGGCCUCAGUAA